UGAAAAAGUCAAUAGCAUGUAGACUUCGGUCACUAAAUAAAAUUAAUUAAACUACAAGGGGUGCAAUCCCCGACUCCCAAUAAUAAUAAUAAUUUUUUCAAAAAAAACACUCACAGUGAUGAGAGUGAAUGUUUUAUGAGGAACACAAAAUAUUACAAAGAUUCCACUUUCCUGCUUUUGUAUCUAAAGUAGUGCAAAUAAGCAACAAUUUAACGAAGUAUUGACAGCAAAAAGUACAAAAUAUCACACUAUUCAUAUCCCACUGUAUUUCCCAUUACCAAAAUAUUUCACUUUCAAAUUAUCCUCACACAGGACUUACUUAACCCCAUCUGCUCAACUUUCUCUUCACUCUCCCAUAAUUUUCUUGUUCACCAAAACAAACACCUGAGUAGCCGUAGUUGCUCACCCUCUCUCUCUCCUCUCUCAUGAAAUAGCUAUGCAUCUGUGUGUGAUUUCCCAGUUCAUGAAACAAUGAUCACUUCUCUGUUUUUGCUUCUCUCUGUAUCUCUGUUUCUUCCAGCAUCAGCUCUCAACUUGGAUGGAACUCUUCUCCUCUCCUUCAAAUACUCCAUUCUCAGCGACCCUUUAUCAGUCCUCGACAACUGGGACUACAACGACGCCACGCCCUGCCUCUGGACCGGCGUAGCCUGCGCCGAGGUCGUCAACAACCUCGGCUUCCCGGAGCUCUUCAGAGUCACCACCCUCACUCUCUCCAACUCUAGACUCUUCGGGAACAUUCCCGAAGACUUGGGCUUCAUCCCGCACCUCAAAACUCUCGACCUCUCACACAACUUCUUCAACGGCACUCUGCCUAACUCUAUCUUCAACGCUUCCAGCCUUCAACUCCUCGAUCUCUCCGGAAACGCCAUCUCCGGCUCCAUACCGGACCUCGCCGCCACCAAUGCUAUCACCCUCCUCAACUUAUCCGACAACGCCUUGGUCGGAAACGUCCCGCGCGGCCUCGCUUCGUCUCCCAACCUCACGGUUGUAUCUCUCCGGAGCAACUAUCUCUCCGGCGCGGUUCCGAGCGGGAUCCGAUCGAUUCAAGUUCUCGACAUCUCGUCAAAUUUGUUGAACGGAUCGCUGCCGGCUGGAUUCGGCGGCGGGGAACUUCGAUACCUCAACCUCUCCUCUAACCAGCUCGCCGGCGCUGUUCCGCCCGACUUCGCGUCGAGGAUUCCGGCCAACGCCACCAUCGACGUCUCGUUCAACCACCUCUCCGGCGAGAUUCCGGCGUCGAUGCCGCUUUCGAAUCAGAAGACGGAGGCGUACGCCGGGAACGCCGACCUCUGCGGCAAACCGGUGAACAAACUGUGCACGAUUCCUUCCACGCUGUCGUCGCCGCCGAACGUCACGGGCAACGCUUCUUCUACUUCCUCUCCGGCGGCGAUCGCGGCCAUUCCGAAGACGAUCGGAUCCACGCCGCAGCCGGAUAAUACCGGAGCGAGCGGGGAUCAAAUCGCGGCGCGGAACGGCCUAAAGCCGGGGACCGUCGCGGGGAUCGCGAUUGUACCUUUAGCUGCUGUGGGAGUACUCGGAGCCCUAUUCCUGUACAUGUACCAGAAAAGGAAGAAAAAUGCCGCGGGUAAAGACGGCGCGAUUCCGGUAGCCACCGCGUACGAAUUCAAAAAAGAUCCAGACGUUAAAGAGACGAAGAGUCUCCCCGCGUGGCCAUGCUUGACGGUAACAAACGUGGAGGAAACAUCGGAAGGGACAAACUCGGACGAGGAGGAGGGUAACACCGAUCAUCAUCAACCUAAAACUGAAAACGAGCCAUUGAAGGACGAGAGAGUGCUGGUGAUGGUGGACGGAGAGACGCAGCUGGAAGCGGAGACGCUGUUCAAGGCAUCGGCAUACGUUCUGGGAUCGAGUGGCGCCACCAUCGUCUACAAGGCUGUGCUGCAAGACGGGACGGCGUUUGCGGUGAGGAGGAUUGGGGAGAGCGGCGGCGUUGGAAGGGUGAAGGAAUUCGAGCAUCAGUUCAAGGCCAUCGCGAAGCUGCGCCACCAAAAUCUGGUGCGGAUGAGAGGCUUCUAUUGGGGGGAAGACGAGAAGCUUGUCAUUUGUGAUUAUGUCUCUAAUGGUAGCUUGGCCAGCGUUGGUUGCAGAAAAAUUGGGUCGUCACCUUACCAUUUGCCCUUCAUGACCCGGCUCAAUAUAGUGAAAGGUGUAGCGAGGGGGCUAGCUUACAUCCACGACAAGAAAAAUGUGCAUGGCAACAUAAAACCUACCAACAUUCUCUUGACACCUGAUAUGGAGCCCGUGAUAAGUGAUUUCGGGCUCCACGGGCUCAUCUACGGCAAGCACGCUCCCAAACCCGACUGCCCGGCCCGACAUUUUGGCAGCAGGAGAUCGACCCCUUUUCAGGAGGACCUACACGAAACCGGCAGCCCCUACAUUGGGCCGGCCGGGUUUGUCGGGUGCACAUCCCCUUAUCAUGCACCCGAAUCCCUCAACAACGUCAAGCCCAACCCCAAGUGGGAUGUAUACUCUUUCGGGAUCUUGUUGCUCGAGCUGUUGACUGGGAAAGUCUUCUCGGACCGGGACCUGAGUCAGUGGACUGCAGGCUCAGUGGUUGAGGACCCCGACCGGAUUCUGAGGAUGGCUGACAUGGCGAUAAGGGGUGACGUGGCGGCCCACAGGGAGGCCAUGAUGGCAUGGUUCAAGCUAGGUUUGAGUUGUGCUUCAUUGGUCCCUCAAAAAAGACCUUGCAUGAGAGAUGCCCUUCAUGUUUUGGAGAAAUAUCCAUGUUGUUCUAAGUAAUGAUGGUGUUGGGAGGCAAAAGGCUAUGAUUAUUGGAUAAAGAGAGAUAAAGGGCUUCCUCUACUUUGGUCUCUUUUGACUUAGAAUGGGGAAAAUGGUGAAUCUUGUUCAUAUUUAAUUAAGGUGAUUAAUCAUAAUGUUAUUAGUAUCGAGAAUGUUAUUAUUGAGUGUGUUUUUCAUAAAGGUUUGCUUUGUUCUA